AUGGAUUUUGAUGAACGGGUCCCUGUUGGGUCUAAUAUGUAUUUACCCAGCUGCACGUAUUAUGUCUCCGGGACUGACUUCUCAAGCCUCCCUCCUUUUUUAUCACAGAGCCAAUCUUCUUGUCCCAUGACAUAUUCCUACCCAUCCUCAUCUCUGCCACAGGUUCCGUCCGUAAGAGAAGUAGCCUUCAGGGACUAUGGCAUUGAUACCUCCAGUAAAUGGCACCACAGAGGAAGCUUAUCACACUGUUACCCGUCUGAGGACAUUGUGCACAGGGACUGUUUUACCAGCCCGACUUCUUUAGGGGAAAUAUUCGCGAAAAAUAGCUCCAAUGUUGUCUACCACCACUCCAACUCAAAUCCAACGACAAGUCUCUCCGGUAGCGUUGGUAGAAAUGGAGUGCUACCACAAGCAUUCGAUCAGUUUUUCGAUUCUGCCUACGCAGAAAAGACACCAAACGAGCAUUCUGCAGCCAAACAACCUCCAGUUCCUUCAUCCGGCUCCGACGCGUGCCCGGAUACCGAGGAGAGAACGCGGCGCGAGCAGAGCUGUAGCCCCUCGUCGUCUUCCUGCAACAAUGAGGACAGAUGUAGUAGUAGUGGUCAGAAGGGACGCAAGAAGAGAUGCCCUUACACAAAAUACCAAAUAAGAGAACUCGAGAGGGAGUUUUUUUUCAGUGUUUACAUUAACAAAGAGAAACGUCUUCAACUCUCUAGGAUGCUCAAUCUCACAGAUCGGCAAGUGAAAAUAUGGUUUCAAAACCGGAGAAUGAAAGAGAAGAAACUUAACAGAGACCGUUUACAGUAUUACACCACAAACCCUUUGCUAUGA